AUGUUCGUUGUAUUCCUUCUUUCCCUCCUGACAUGGUGUUACGUUCAUCGCUGCAAAGGUUUACAAAUCAGUAAAUAUAAAAAUCAAAGUUCCUUUUUAAACAAUUUGCAUGCAGCGAAUGUCGCGCGUGAUUAUCAUGUCUACCAUUUGAAGAGGGAAACAUUCGGGGGCAGGGGACCACUGCGCGUUGGGGGUGAGAGGCGGGGUCAAGCCCUGCUAGGUGGGCGCAGCAAGAGAGCGAAGUAUGGGCAUGAAGAGGAUGCAGUAGCAGACGACGAAGACGAUGUAGAAGAAGACGACGAAGACGAUGCAGUAGCAGACGACGAAGACGAUGUAGAAGAAGACGACAAAGAUGAUGCAGUAGAAGAUGAACAAACGGACGACAUAGCCCGCGAGGAGCGCCUUGCGGCGUACGAGAAACUCCUGAACGCGGAGGGAGACGAAGAGGACCGGAUGCUGUCUCCGAAAUAUAACAUGAACAUCUACAACGUGCUGGAGAAACACUACGAGGAGAAGGAAGAAAACAAAGUGAUCCUAACCGUCCACAAUUUGAACUACGAAAUUAGUAGCAAGAAACUUAUAACCAAUUUGAAUUUUCAGCUGCACAAAUCGGAGUGUGUCGGACUUAUAGGCAACAAUGGCUGUGGAAAAACGUCACUCUUAAACCUAAUUUUUGACCAUUCAGAUAACAGCAACAAAAGUGUAAUGAUAAAUAACAAAGUUUCCAACGAAGGGGUGACAAAUUUUACCCUAACGGAGGAGAACAUGCACGCCAUGGUGAAGAAAAAUAAAUUCGACUUUCUUUACAAAAUUUUGCACCACAUGAGAAGGAAUUCUCUCGAGUUGUCCCAACUUUCAUCGAUUAUAAAAAAUAGAGAUGUGUCCUAUUUUGAGAAGAGCAAUAAGAAAAAAAGAGGCAACGACAAUGAUCUUUUUUUUAAAAACGGCAUCUUUUAUUUCAAGCAGAAUAUUCACCUUCUGGAAAAGAACAAUUUGACGGUGUUUGAAAAGGUACUAAACUUUUAUCAACCCAUUUUAGACAAAUAUGAGGUGUUAAAUUAUAUCGAAAGGGAGAUCAGUCGGUACAGAAAUUUGGACGCUGUCCAAAGGUUUGCUGUGGGGGAUGAUGGCGAAAGGUCCAAUCGAUGUGUCACUGGGAGGGGUACUGAGAAAUAUCCUGCGGAUGAUAGCCCAAAUGGGAAAGAGAUCUCUCUAAGGCCAGGGAGCCACAUCACGAAAAAUAACGUUAACAGUAUCGACUCCGUAGAAACGAAAGCGAGGAGACUAUCGACCAACGAGCAGGCGGAACCCUUCGAGCAGUCCAAACUUUUCCAAAUGGUACUAAAACUGUACAUACACGAAAAGGAGAAUGUCUUCAAAGAGAUAAACCAAGUAAAAAUGAAUUUCCAUAAAUACCUCAACAUUUUGAAUUUAAAAAAUUUGCUUCAUAUAAAACUGAGCAAUUUGAGCAACGGCUACAUUAUCCGAGUGUACCUCCUACUGCUUCUCCUGAGCAAUGCCAAACUUCUGCUAAUAGACGAAAUAAAUAACAACCUGGACAUAUUUAACAUCUUCUUCGUUAUGAACAUUUUUCACUAUUCUCUCAAGUAUAAAGAAAUCGGCAUCGUUUUGGCUAGCCAUGAUUUCUUCCUAGUGAGCAAAUUGUGCAAUCGAAUUUUAGAUUUUAACAAAAUUUAUGGACAUGACAUCGAUUUUAACAACAUGGCAUUAUUAAAAAGGAUAAGCCGAAGUGGACAUCAAGCUAUUCACUCUGAUGUUGCACAUGAACUACAGAGAAAAAAUGAACACAAUUCGAACAUUACCUUUUUUAAAGGAAAUUACACACAAUACUUACACAGUAUGAAGAUACUCUUUGACAAUAGGAGGAAAAAAAAAGAAGAAUUGAAAAAAAUUAUGGACCAACUAAGUGCUGCCAUAGAUCAAGUCAAGAAAAAAAAAAAAAACGAAUUCAUGCAUCAAUCUUUAAGAAGAAAAGAAGAAGAAUUUAAAUUAUAUCAAAAUGUGUACUCUACUCUUUUUGAUAGCACGCUCAAUUAUCAGUACAUGUACUAUAAUUUGAUAUAUAGCAGGAAGAGUGAGAAGGGGACGGGAAAGAGGGUCCCCAGUGAGGGCGGAGUAGAAGAGGGAAGGGAAAAUCACGGCCGCAUGUCACGUGACACUGCUGAGGGGAAUUCCAAUGGUGAAAACAUCGAAGAGAAAUCCGCUGAGCAUACCGCUCCCUACGCCGAUGAGUGCACCACACAAGAGGAAGAAGGCGUGGAAUCCUUCGUCUACAACAAAAUGAAGGACAUAGAAGGGAACAUGAAUAAGAACAUCCUCAUCGAUAUGAGCAAAAAAAUAAAAAACAACGAGCUGAUAGAAACAGGCGAAAGGUACGCAAAGAAUAACAUCUCACUCUACGAAUUCGACAACUUCUCCUUCUACUUUUGGGAUAGAAAAAAAAAAAAAAAAAAAUACAUCUUUAAAAACCUCAAUCUAACAAUAAACAGCGGAGAAAAUGUUCUCCUCUUGGGAAAAAAUGGAAUUGGAAAAUCCACCCUUUUUAAGAUAUUGACGAAUAGGUACAACUUUCAGAUGCGGUCGGAAGCAGGUAGACAUAGAAGAAGCGCAUAUGCCUACGGAGAUAGCGAGGAUGAGGAGGAAUAUCCAGAGGGAGAUGCCUACCUGCAUGGUGGAGAACCAAGCAACAGGGCAAGUCCAACAAAAGACAAAAUGGAAAACUUCGAAGGCACCAUACACUGCAACUUCGACAACGUUCUCUUGACCUACUUUGAGCAAAAUAUGAUUAAAAAAUUGAACCUAGAAAUCAACGAAUAUUUUAGGUACCUAAUUGAGAAAGUGAAUUACAAAGGAGUUCACUUCGACGACGGUAUGGAUGUGGACCGCGUAGACGAUGUCGCUAUGGAAAAUUAUGACGGGGGGGAUUUUGACAAUGCCAUUUCUAUCUCCCCCUCCAAGGAGCACUUCUUUUUCUACGUUCUAAACAAAACCAAGCCGUUCUGCAACGAACAGGACGUGACCAACAUUCAGGAGAAAAUAAAAGCCCUGCUUAAAAUAUUCUACAUCGAUAGCUCCACAUGCAUGAAAGAUAAAAGUGGAGGGGAAAAAGUACGAAUACUAUUCCUUUCGUUAUUUUUAAAAAAAUCAAAUUUGCUUCUCCUCGACGAAAUAAAUAACAAUUUAGAUAUUUACUUAAAAAAUCUUCUCUUAAAUUUUCUAAAUUAUAUUUAUCAAGGCAAUUACAUUUUGACAACUCACGAUUUUUACAUGAUCAAAAAUUUAACUAAUGUCCACAAAGUUGUCUACAUAUUUGAUUACCAGAAUGUCUUUACCUUUUACAAUGUGCAGGAUUUUAUACAGAACUUUUAUCACUUCAUUUUGCAUUCCUUUGACACGCUCCACAUGGUUAACCCGCGCGAGAGCAGAGCGCUCAGAGGGGGUAACCAUCCAGCCGACCAGCAUGGACAUAAGCGUCCGCAGCAUCCGCAGCAACAGAAUCCGCAGCAGCAGCUAAUCCAUUAUCCCCAACGCAGCAGGGCUGUUUGUGGUACUGCUCAGAACGACACCGCGAACAACUCCCUCCAUAACGAACGUGAGAAAGGCCACCCAUAUGCAGACGCACAGGAAGAGGAAAAAAAUCAAAAUCAAGAAAAUUAUGACCAAAUAGUGUACGAUAAUUACGACUAUAAAAUUUUGCAGUUCUUAGAAACGCAAUAUGCAAAGGAUAGGAAUGAAAGAGAAAAUAUUGAACAAAUAACUGAUCAGGAGGAGGGAGACAUUUUCGAAAAGAAAAAAGUCAAUAAGAAAAAUUUUGGAGGCAAAGGUUCCUCCGGGAAAAUAAAAAUAAAGAAUUGGAAGCGCUGGAAAAGGUGA